AUUUGUUAAGUAUAAUAAUUGAGAGACAACUGUUGCUAGGGAUAUAGAAUUCUUGGGUGCAUGUGAUUCUACUUAGCAAGCUAAGCUGUUUAUUUUGAUGAUUGUCUGGACAACUGCUAGGGCCUUGUGAUCCUCAAACCAUUAUAGAAAUGUCGAUAUCCAGAAUUAUAUAUAUACUGAUGGGGAAUGCGAGGGCAAGGUCGUCUUCGUUCUCUGUGAAACCAGGCUGUGGCUCUAGUUGAGGUUCGAGAGGAGAGUUACUCGCUAGCUUUUCGCCUUUCUCCCCUUUCCUUGCAAGCCACAGUUCCCUUUUCUUUUGCUUCUUUUCUUCUGCAACUAGUUUGCUACAAAAGGCUGAGAUCUUCUUGCUCUUGAUCAGUCUCUAACAGGUGGAGUAGCGAAAGGUGAUUGGGCAUCAGAGUAGAUAUGUGAUCUGCUUUUUGAGCAAAUUUCUUGGAGAGUAAGGGAUUGCCAAUUUCAACUCUAUUUAUCCUUGGAUAUCUUGGGAUAUAACCAAUUUUGCACAUUGCACGGGCAACAUUGAUUGAAGUCCGAUGGAGAAGCUUCUUAGGCCGUAUGAUAAGGAGUGUAUGAGGAUGGCAAUGUUAAAACAUGAAGAAACAUUCAAAGAGCAGGUCUACGAGCUCCAUCGUCUAUAUCGAAUCCAAAAGACAUUGAUGAAGAGCAUUGAGAACGGCAGGCACAACGGAGGCUUCUUACAGAAAGAUCACAAUGGAAAUAUGCAUCAGAAUUCAAGAAUGAGGCUUGACUUGGAACGCCCGGCUGAAGAAUACAAUAUUGCAGAAGCAGAUCACGGUAACAGAAUGUUAGAGGUCAUAGAUGAGAGCGAGAUAGAGCUGACGUUAGGGCCCACAAGGUACUUGCCGAGGAAGAAACAUGGGACUCCUCCAACUUCGGAUUCUGGACCAAGCUUCUCUUCUUCUUCCACCGAAUCCAGUCAUAUGAACAGGACAAGUUCCAUGACCAAACGGAAGACAAGUACAACAACAGAAGAAUUAAGUGGCCGUGAUCAGCUCGGACUCUUCCAGGUCACUGACAUGACAUUGGGGUACCCAAGUGGAAGUAAAAACAAUAUUGAUCUUGAAGAACAAUUGAGACAGGAAAGGCUAAAACAGCCUCCUUGGCUUUUCCAAGUUUUAAGUAUGAAUAUGACUUGAAAAAAAAGAAAAUAUCUUGCAAGUCGAUAUGAUUAGAUUUUAGACUGCUUCUUAUCGACUAAUUUUCUGUGAUUGAUGUUUGUGUGGAAGUUUCUGCUUAGUUUUUUUUCUUAGCAAAGUGGGUGGUGGAGUCUUUUGUAAAGAUCACUUGAUUCCCUGACUUGCAAAACCAACUACUAUACAUAUUGACUUGAUCUUUUGUUGA